AUGGCCCCCAGCAAGAAGUCCAAGAAGGGUUCCGAUAACAUCAACUCCAGGCUCGCCCUGGUGAUGAAGUCCGGCAAGGUCACCCUGGGUGUUCAGUCUACUAUGAAGACUUUGCGUUCGGGCAAGGCAAAGCUUGUCAUCAUCGCUGCCAACACUCCCCCCUUCGCAAGUCCGAGCUCGAGUACUAUGCCAUGCUGGCUAAGACUCCUGUUCACCAUUUCUCUGGAAACAACCGACUUGCAGAUUGAGCUCGGUACCGCGUGCGGUAAGCUCUUCCGUUGCUCUACCAUGGCCAUCCUCGACGCUGGCGACUCCGAUAUUCUUACCGGUACCCAGUAA